GAUAUAAAAAAGUCUUACCACAAGUUAGCAUUACAGCAUCACCCAGAUAAGGAUCCGUCAGCUGACGCCUCAGAGCGUUUUCAGAAGGUUAGUUUCGCCUAUGCUGUACUCUCAGAUGAAGGCAAGAGAAGCAAGUAUGACAAGACGGGCAGAACGUCUGACUUGGGUAUUGAGAUAAACGAGGAUUUCACAUGGGAUGAUUACUUUAAUGAGCAGUUUGAACGUGUUACUUGGGAAGCAUUAGCGGAAGACAGGAAGAGGUAUCAAGGCUCAGAGGAUGAACUCAAUGAUUUAAAACGCGCUUAUGAAGAAUGCGACGGAGAUCUUGAUCAGAUAUUCAGUCAAAUUCCACACUCCAGCAUCCUUGACGAU